CUACGGUACUGAAUAAAAACUAAACAUAACCUCAAAUAUCUAAUUAUGCACAUAAAGUACAUAAUAACAAAUAUGCUUUAAGAAAAUUCUACAAAAAAGUGCCAAUAAUCUUAAUCGCUUGGUUCUACUCGUGAAAAGCUAUUAUUGUCAAGACUUCAGUUCCUACUGAAGUUGCAUAAUACAAAUAUAAUAAUGAAACUAAUUACCCACAAUAUGCUCACUUCGAAAUGCUUGAAAGGUGUUGUGACUGGCUAUCCUCUUGCAAUUAACGCGACAGACAUUAAAGUUAAAGAAGUCGAUUUUAAUCCUGAAUUUAUUAGUCGUGUAAUACCAAAGCUGGAUUGGGAAGUAUUAUGGGUGGCCGCUGAUAGCAUCGGCCACAGUGAUGGUCUGCCAAGAUCUUUAGAAAAUAAGUAUGAUGAAAACGAAGAGUUUUUGAAGAAAGCUCAUAAAGUUUUGUUAGAGGUGGAAGUUGAAGAGGGACACUUGACUUGUCCAGAAUCUGGAAGACAAUUCCCAAUUUCUAAAGGAAUUCCUAAUAUGCUAUUAAAUGAAGCUGAAGUGCAGUAGUUCACAAUUUAGAGCCUGUACUAAAAAUAUUAGUAACAAUUUUUUUAUUUAAGCAUUAAUUUUAUUGCAGUAACAUUAUAUAGGAUUGUUUUAUUUUUUAUGUAAAGAAGUGCUAUGGUGCAUGUAAAUUUGUUUCAUAUUAAAUAUUUUAAGAAAUGUA